AGGGCCCAGUAAAGUGGAGGAGCCCCACUGUAGCGGGCCCAGCCAGCCCAGAUUGCCAUCACCGAUCCCUUUUCCCGUUCAAAGCGUGAGCUUGUGACGUGGCGGUGGAUGAGGUGCUGAGCUGUCGGGAUGGGGGGGCACGUGGUUGCAAUUGGGGAAGCUUAGGGCGCCUCGGCUUCCACGUGGACGACUCCUCGGGUGUCCCCGCUCCUCUGGUCCUUCCUAUUUCAGUGCUGAUCCGCUGAGGGAAGAAGGAUCGAUCUGUGGGUAAGAAGGAAAAGAUGUCAGGAGCGCAGGGGGCAGAGCCCAAGGAGUCGAAGACGGCGACGACGUACGAGUCGGUGGAGGGAGGGGAGAACAGGACGAGGACGGACAUUCGCAUGCCUCAGGACCAGGGCGGCAUUCAGGUGGACAUGCUGCAGGAGAAGGUCCCCGAUGCCACCGGGUACGGCGGCCCCGUCUUUGGUGCUGGUGCUGCCGCCAGUAAAACCAAGGAUGAGGAGGCGGAGGACAAGCAGAAGCUCGACUUAGGCGUCACUGGCACCGGAUGAUGUUGAGAAUCACGCGAACUCUCUUAACUUCGUAGCUGUAGCCUGUAGCCUCUCUCUCUCUCUCUCUCUUAUAUCUCCACUGGGGCUGUAUGCAUUUCUAUAUAUUCGAAGAAGGAAACUAUAUAUAUAUAUAUAUAUAUAUGCAAAAAGAGAGAAGUAAAGGGGGUUGGUGUAUUGUUGGCAAUUUGAUGUCGUCUCCUUUUGAUUUUCUUCCGCUCUU